GAGGGGCCUCGAGGGGGGCGGUCCCGAGGGGGUGGGCACAGGGGGCGGCCGCGCCCCCCCUCACCGGGGUGUGCUUCUGCCCCUACAAGGUUUGGGCCGCGGUGGGGGAGGGUCCCGGCCCCCGGCUCCGCCCGGUCCCUCCCCGCCUUUUAGGCGCCCGCCCGGCUGGGACAUCCCAGUCCCGCUUGGUCCUCCUCGCCGGCCACCCGUGCGCCCAGUUCGUCCAGUCCGCACUGCCUGCCCGUCGGCCCGCCCCCCACCGCAGCCAUGGACGCGAUCAAGAAGAAGAUGCAGAUGCUAAAGCUGGACAAGGAGAAUGCCAUCGACCGCGCCGAGCAGGCCGAGGCCGACAAGAAGCAGGCUGAGGACCGCUGCAAGCAGCUGGAGGAGGAGCAGCAGGCCCUCCAGAAGAAGCUGAAGGGGACAGAGGAUGAGGUAGAAAAGUAUUCUGAGUCUGUGAAGGACGCCCAGGAGAAACUGGAGCAGGCUGAGAAGAAGGCCACCGACGCUGAGGCAGAUGUGGCCUCCCUGAACCGCCGCAUUCAGCUGGUAGAGGAGGAGCUGGACCGGGCACAGGAGCGCCUGGCUACAGCCCUACAAAAGCUGGAGGAGGCUGAGAAGGCAGCUGAUGAGAGUGAGAGAGGAAUGAAGGUCAUUGAAAACCGAGCCAUGAAGGAUGAGGAAAAGAUGGAGCUGCAGGAGAUGCAGCUGAAGGAGGCCAAGCACAUCGCCGAGGAUUCAGACCGCAAAUAUGAGGAGGUGGCCAGGAAGCUGGUGAUCCUGGAAGGAGAGCUGGAGCGCUCAGAAGAAAGAGCCGAGGUGGCUGAGAGUAAAUGUGGGGACCUAGAGGAAGAGCUGAAAAUUGUUACCAACAACUUGAAAUCCCUGGAAGCCCAAGCGGACAAGUAUUCCACCAAAGAAGAUAAAUAUGAAGAGGAGAUCAAACUGCUGGAGGAGAAGCUAAAAGAGGCUGAGACCCGAGCAGAGUUUGCCGAGAGGUCUGUGGCAAAGUUGGAGAAGACCAUUGAUGACCUGGAAGACGAAGUCUAUGCACAGAAGAUGAAGUACAAGGCCAUCAGUGAGGAGCUGGACAACGCACUCAACGACAUCACCUCCCUCUGAGCCCCACGCCAGUGUGGCCCCCUCAGCCCCUUUUCUCCUCUCCUUUCCACUCUCUUUGUGGGGAGGGGGCAGUCAGGAGGAACAAAGUUGUCAGCAUCGCACAGCCAGGCUGGGCGCAGCCUCGGAGAAGCCCCACCACACCUGCCGCCCACCCUGGCACUUGCUUCAUCCUUCUAUCCAACCACUCACUCCACCCUCCAGCCUCUACCUCUUUCUGCUGCUUAAUAAACUCAACUUGGUCUCCAUGCUGUCUUCCUGCCCUCCAGAGAGCACUUCUAUCAUCCCCACAGAAACCCUGGCUCUUACAGACACCCCCAAUCUUGUGCCCCCUCCUCCCCUGCUGAGCUCACCCACAAAACACUGUGGCCCAUGCCAGAACCCCCUCCACAUGGCACUCUCAGUCUGUCACCAUGUCACUGCUGCAUGUGGGCAUGCAUAACCCCAUCAGUCACCAUGAGCCCUCUAGUGCCUCUGACAGACAUGCUCUUCGGCAGACCCAGGUCUGUCACUAACCUCCAAGCAUUCAGCUGCAGUUCCGGGAUUUAAGGGAAUGACUGGAAGGGACGUGGGUAGGGAGGUGCCGAGGAAGCGCAAGAAGGUUGUGAAAGGUCUGGCUGGGGUAAAGUUUGGAAAAAUGUCGGAUGCCAACAACAUGGGGCUUUCCCUGCAGGUCUGUUUUCUGCCUCAAGUCUGUCUGUCUGGUCCUUCCUUUUCUGGUUCAGUCUUUGUCUUUCCUUCCAUUUCUAAUACUCUUAAACCUUCUAAAGAAGGAGGGUAAAUUAGUUCAUGACUCAAGCCU